UCUCUGUUCAGUUAACUUUCAGCAUUCAUGUUGCUACCUAUUCGCCUGUGACAAGCCUUCGAUGACAAUUUUUAAAGAUUAAGUGUUUGUGCGUUGUUUGUUUGACCUAGUCUGGAAUUUGGUACGAACUAACCGGUUUUCUCUCUCGUCGUCUCUCUAAUCACAAAAGAGAAAGUCUCUGGAACCUUUUAUCCAGCCUAUGUGACGAAUUUACCACUAUGUUUGACUCACGUAACGGGACUACCCAUUUAAAACUUGAAUUUCGAGUGGAUAGUAGUGUAUUUCAAUAAUUAUGGUCAUGGCAUUUUUUUUUUUUUUUUUUAUGUGUGAACAGUCACAAUGGCACUUUAGUUGCAUAAAUUCAAAAUACUGAUUAACUUGUGUUGUUGGUCUUUGCGGCUUUUUAAAAUCGUGACAUCGAUUUGAUGUCAUUAAAUAAAGUAAGAGAAUUAUCUCCUGAUAUUAGUGAUGUCACGCUUGAAUUUCGUCAUUACCGUUUCAAAUCAUAGAUAUCUUGAUUCUGCAUUAAGUUAUUAUUUAUCUUGAAAUCGUAUUGCCACCGGCAACGUUGUCUAGCAGACGAUAAUUCAGCCAAAAAACAACAAAACAUUCCCGUCUCGCUUGAACAAGCCACUACUCUUCCAUGAAAUUUUAUUAAAUUUAUAUUUCGUUCUUUUUAGAAUGUGACGUAAUUAAUAAGUAAAUGAGAUAAAUGUGCGAAAAUUAACAACCAUUUAAUGUGUGUUUUUGUAAUUUUUCAGAAAAAUGGAAUAUAUUUGGAGUCUUACACGUAACUUUCGCGAGCUGUAUAACGGCAUUAAUGGUGCUACGUUGACGGGUGCCAUCGACAUAGUCAUUGUCCAACAGGAAGAUGGCACUUUUCUCUCGUCACCGUUCCACGUCCGUUUUGGCAAACUCGGAGUACUCCGUAGCCGAGAAAAGGUGGUUGAUAUUGAAAUCAAUGGCAACCCAGUUGACAUUCACAUGAAACUGGGAGAGUCUGGUGAAGCUUUCUUUGUCAGCGAAUCACCAAUUGUCAAUUCAGAUGGGCAGAUUUUUCCUCCCCACAUGGCUACAUCACCGAUUCCACCAUCUCUAAUUGAAGAGAACAAGCUGAGAGGAAUCAAUACAGCAGAAUCCAGCCAUGAACACAUGGAAGACACAUUGAUGGGGAAGAGAGAUGAAGGCAUGCUAGCCAAAACAUCAGAUGAUAUUAUUUUAGGAGAGGACUCUUCACAAGGAACUUUCGAAUCGAUUGGAAUUGAAAAUGCGGAGCGCUCAUUCAAACCGAUCGACCCUGACCAUGAUGCGGAAGCGGAAAGCUUGAUGCCGGAUUUCAUCGAAAUGACGGAAGAGGAUCGAAAGCGGUGGAGAAAGAAGAGUCGUAGACGACGUUCUCAAUUAAAAAAGAAGAUGCAACGAGAGGCUAACAAAACAUCGUCAGAAUCUGGAACGGAGCAUUUUCCGAAUGAAAUGGAAGUGGGACUGGAAGUCUCUCCUGCAAUUGGACCUCAUUUGGCAGAGACGUCACCAGUGAAACCAGGUCAUCGCAAGUCACAUAGUUUAUCGGGAAUUCAGCUCAAGGGUGAUGUGCCACCGCCUGUUGGAAAUCCAGUUGAGGACUGGGUUCGAGGCGGAAUUAUUUCUAGGUCAAUUGGUCAUGAAUUCCAUUUCUUCAGCGACACUGAAAUGGAAAUCAGGAGUCCCGAUGGAUCGCGUCCUCCUACUCCCGUCCACUCCGACACGGAAUAUGAAGUUGGCCACAUGAGGCCUAAAGUAUCAGAAUUGGGCGUUCCAUCCAGAAAUUGUCAUCAGCAGUCAUGGCGCUGGGGUGAAUUGCCUAGUCCACCUGUUCUUAAUCGUCCGUCACCACCCAAGCCCAUUACACGAUCCAGUCGCGAUGUUUCACCCUCAAAUCCAGGCACUGAAGCGGGUGCAGUCGCUACAGUCAAUAACGAGACUUCUGAUGGUACGGAUAAUAAGGCCCGUCAGUCCCAGAGUACGGCAGAAGCGGAAGCCCAACGCUCCAUGUUGAGUCACAUGUUCAGCUUUAUGCGACAGACCAAGAAAAUGCGACACCAAGGUACUACUGCGGGUGGAGGCAUAUACUUGGACGAUUUGAACGUGGACGCCCUUGACCCGGAGUUGGCAGCCCUUUACAUUACGCAAAGUUCUUUCCGUCAUGGACUCCCCGAUCCGGCGGUCGCCAGAUUGCGUGAUGAAGAAGACACGGAAUCGGGUAAAGGAGCAUCGCUACCCCAAUCGCCGCACAGUUUAUCAACAGCCACUGCAAUGCGCAGUUCAAGAGGUCCACGUUCAAUUGACAGCGACUUUGAAGAUUCCCGUUCGGACUAUCGCUCUUUGCCCGAUGUGGCUCUCUCACUAUGCGGCCACUUUGGCGAUCAGAUAGAUCCGCCUGAUGAGCUGUUCCUUCAAUCUCUAGUCACGUAUGAUGAUUUCAUCGAAAACCCUCGCCUAAUCGAAAAUCCUGACCUCCUUGUCCGAAUUGGCAACAAAUACUACACGUGGCAAGCCGCAUGCCCCAUUAUUAUGAGCUGGGUUCUCUACCAGCGAUUCUUACCUCAGUCAUCAGUUGAUGCCAUUGUUCACGAGUAUAUGCCCAAACGAAAGGAAAAGAAGACUGAACCAGUUGCAGCCCCUGCCCGCAAAUCAUCGUGGUUUCCUUGGGGAAGACGAAGUGCCACUAAAAAGGAAAGUGGUGAACCGGAAGUUAAUACCGCAAUUGCCAGCACCACCGUUCAACCAGAAGCAGCGUCUGCAAUUGGUCCCAGCAGUGCCCCGAAAACAACAGAGUCAGUUGUCAAGAAACAGAAGAGCGAUCGUCAACUGGUCGGAGAUGUGGCAACAACUGGAACAUCGUCUGACAAUGAAAGUAACGAUUCAAAUCAGCCCGAUAGUGGCAAGAAACUUCCAAUGGAAAGACGACCAUAUUACGAGAAUACGGAUGUAUUCUGUAAAACGUUGCGUCUUACGUCCGAACAGAUUAGACAAUUAAAUCUGCGAGAAGGUCCUAAUGAGGCCGUAUUCAGCGUUACAACUGCUUACCAGGGCACAACUAGAUGCAAAUGCCACAUUUAUCUCUGGCGCUACGACGACAAAGUUGUCAUCUCUGAUAUUGAUGGAACUAUUACCAAGUCGGAUGUGCUCGGGCAUAUUCUUCCCAUUGUCGGACAAGAUUGGGCUCAAAGCGGUGUGGCCCAACUGUUCACAAAGAUCAAGAACAACGGGUAUCGUAUCUUGUAUCUGUCAGCUCGCGCAAUCGGCCAAGCACAUAUUACGCGCGAAUAUCUUCGGUCUGUCAAACAAGGAGAUCUCUCUCUACCUGAUGGACCUUUACUACUCAAUCCUACUAGUCUCUUGAGUGCCUUCCAUCGCGAAGUCAUUGAGAAAAAACCUGAGGAAUUCAAGAUUUCCUGUUUGCGUGAUAUCCAAAUGUUAUUCCCAUCGCAUUCGAAUCCUUUCUAUGCUGGAUACGGCAAUCGAGUCAAUGAUGUGUGGGCGUACCGGGCCGUUGGCAUUCCUACUUCCAGGAUCUUCACAAUUAAUCCACGCGGCGAGCUGAAAUUAGAACUUCCACAGGCCGUUCAAUCAUCAUACUCGAAACAGAGUUUCAUCGUUGAUUUGGUGUUUCCUCCGUUUCUUCACGGCACUCGCGAGAUUUUAGAAGGUUCCGAAUACAGCGAGUUCACUUAUUGGCGACAACCUGUUCCUGAUACGCCCGAUGAGGUGGAAGCAGCCAAGUUCAUUACCGCUUACUCUGAUUCGAACAAACAGCGUCGUACAGUGGUGACUAAAAGUGAACACUAGCGCUUUUCGAUCCCCAUGUAAUUUAUGAAAAAUGGUUUUUGGUCGAGGUUAUUCUUUCACUUUUCUUUCCUUCGUCUCGAGUCUUGUUUAUUUCAUGCCUACGCAUUGUUUAAUUAAGGUGGGAUUAUCUUUUGAAUGGUUCGUCUUGAUGGAGUCUCGCGUCGAAAUAAACGCAGCUGCGCUGUUCAUAAACUGUC